CGGUUAGAAUGGAAAUCCAAGCCAUUAUCGGAUUCAGCUGUUGUGGACGUCAACAGUGUGAUUGAACCAUAACAAGUUUACAAGUCUCCGAAGCAGACGUUAUCGUUAUCCCGAAAAGUUGCAAGUUAACGUUCGUGCUACAAGUUGAUUUGCACUAAAACUGCGUUGCUAAUAUAAAAUUACGUCAAUUUAAAAUAAAGAAAAUGAUUAAAUUACUAGAAGAAGUUGAUUUAUCUGGAUACACGUUGAUUCUUCCAUCGGUAUCAGUUGGUAAUGUUGGUCAACUCAGCGUUGAUCUUGUUAUUGCAACCCUCGGUUUAAAAAGAAUCGGCAGAUUAUUUGAUCCAGCAUUCAUCCCCCUUGUUGGAGCUGAUCCAUACGAUGAAAAUAGUGAAGAUAUCUGCACUGCAGUUGAUAUUUAUGUCUGUCGUGAAAAAAAAUUAAUUGCUAUUCAAAUCAGAUCACCUCUUGUCAAAAGACCAAUUAAUUUUCUCAAAACAGUGUCAGAUUUCAUUUCAGAGAAAAAUAUUUCCAAGGUUAUUAUCUUGACUAGCAGUUUUGGUCAUGAGAAAAGGGAUAUACAAUUGAGGACAGCUCCGCUUCGUUAUUUAGCUACAGACACAUUGUUAGAGCAAGAUGCCAAAACUUUUGAAGAUUUAUCAUGGAUUGCGUUAGAGCCAAAACCAAUUGAUGAUUUCAGUAAUCAAACAUCAUUACAAAUUCAUGGGGGAGGAUUUGCCAAAAUUUUAUUUGAAAUUUUACAAAAAAACAAAGUACCCUGUGUUGUAAUAAUGAAAUACUGCUCAGAAGGGGAUAAUAUUCCUGAUGCUAUUGAAUUGACAAAUUACUUCAAUCAAUAUGCAAAGUUAAUUGAUACAGACAGCCAAUUGUUAGGACAAUUCAAAUAUCCAUGUUCAUGGAAGUUUUUAUUUGGAAAUUCCCCUCCAAAAGAGAUUUUUUAAAGCAAUAAAUAUU